GGAUUGAACUUCGUUUACAUUCUCAAUUAUACGCGGCGGUUGAGGAAAUUUCGUAAAAUUUGGUGAUAUAUUGAAGUUUUACCGCGUGUCAUUGGAAUGAAAUCCUUCAGUGAAGAAGUACAAAGCAAGAAUAAUUGAAGGGAGGUUCAAUGAUCUAAGCUGUCAGUGGGUGCGAGGUGUGGUCAGCUGCGAGGGGGUGAAAAGUGACAGCUGGUGAGUCGGCGAGCUGGCCAAUAUGUUUAUGUUUUUUCUCCACCGAUGGUUCCUAGCGUAUCCAUAGAGAUGUUUGUGUUAUUGAAAAUUGUUGCGUGUGACUCAAUAGUGAAGAUGCCAUCAUUUUGUGCAGUGAAGUAUUGCGGGAAUACGAUUGCGAACAAAAAAACCCGUGGAAUUGUGUUCCAUCGAUUUCCAAAAGAUGGAGAGCGACGCCAAUCGUGGGUCACGUUCUGUGGCCAACAUGAUGGUUGGUCACCACAGCAGAACCAGGCCAUUUGUUCGAGUCACUUCACCAGUAGCAGCUACGACGAAGGGUUUCGUUAUCGGCACGAAACUAUAGGAGCCAAAAUGCGACAUCAAUUGCUUCCAAAAGCCACCAUCAGAGGAACUUCAAGCGAUGGGAAGAGCGAUGGAAUCGGUUUUUGUAAAGUUUCAAGGUAAAUCCGGGUUCAACUUCAAAAAAGGCGUGGUUGAAAAUCUUGUGGCAGCUGUUUUAGCAGAGUAUUUAAAUUUUGAUGCAGUGGUGGCGAAAACCUACAUCAAAAUAAGAACAAUUGCACGGAUGCGGUUUGAGAAUCUAAGAGCAGAAGGAUAACUGUCCAUAAACUCAACUGCCGAUA